AAUCAACCAACCCAUCGUCCCCGUCCCGUCCCGGCAGGAAGCCGCUGGCGAAACGCAGGCACAGGCACCGUCCCCACCCCCAGCUCCCCUCUCCUCGCGCGCGGCAUUUCCAGAUCCCCCGCGUGGCGUCGCGGCGUUUGCAUUGGCACCCCGUCGAGCGCCCCCCCCCCCCCCCCCGCGCGCAAUGCGAGCCUUGUUGUAGCGUGAAAGAGAUCGAGGCGAGGCAUGCAUCCCAAGCCCGAGGGCGGCGACGCGGAUGGGGGCGCUGCGGAGGUGGGGUCCCCGCGGUCGGGCUACUUCCGGCAGCGGAGCAUGCACGCCGCCGCCGCGGAUCCUGAGGCGGCGCGCAGGGCGUUCGACGUCGAGAACCCCCCCGGCUCCGCCGGCGCCGGCGGAGGCGGGGGAGGGCUUCGGUCUAGCGAGUCCGUCACCAAGCUGGAGUCGUUGGAGCGUGCCGUGCUGGCGCCCGCCGUCGUGCUCAAGACCGGGUUCUACAUCCUGGUGUGGUACGCGUUCAGCACCUGCCUCACGCUAUACAACAAGACGCUGCUGGGGGACAAGCUGGGCAAGUUCCCAGCGCCGUUGCUGAUGAACACCGUGCACUUCGCGCUGCAGGCCGCGCUCUCCAAGGUCAUACUCUUCUUCCAGUCUAAGGGGCCCGAGAAUACCGUCGAGAUGGGUUGGAAGGAUUACUUCAUGAGAGUCGUGCCAACUGCUCUGGGGACGGCACUGGACAUAAACCUGAGCAACGCGUCUCUAGUGUUCAUCUCGGUGACGUUUGCUACUAUGUGUAAAUCGGCCUCCCCAAUAUUUCUAUUGCUAUUCGCUUUUGCAUUUAGGUUGGAGAGUCCCAGCAUCAAGCUUCUAGGAAUCUUAGUUGUCAUUUCUAUCGGGGUUCUAUUGACAGUUGCCAAGGAGACUGAGUUUGACUUCUGGGGCUUCAUUUUUGUGACACUUGCUGCUGUUAUGUCGGGAUUCCGCUGGUCCAUGACUCAAAUUCUGUUGCAAAAAGAUACCUAUGGCCUGAAAAAUCCAAUUACCUUGAUGAGCCAUGUUACCCCAGUGAUGGCCAUAGCCACUCUGGUACUAUCUCUAUUACUGGAUCCUUGGAACAAUUUUCAGAAGAAUGCAUACUUUGAUAACCCGUGGCAUGUCAUGCGCAGUUGCUUACUUAUGCUAAUCGGAGGAGCCCUAGCCUUUUUCAUGGUGUUAACAGAGUAUAUACUUGUUUCAGCAACCAGUGCCAUAACCGUGACGAUAGCUGGGGUAGUAAAAGAAGCCGUAACCAUUUUGGUUGCGGUAUUUUAUUUCCAUGAUGAAUUUACUUGGUUGAAAGGGCUUGGUCUUGUCACCAUUAUGGUCGGUGUUAGCUUAUUCAAUUGGUACAAGUAUGAGAAAUUCAAGAGGGGUCACACAAAUGAGGAUGACGUCAAUUCACCUCCGUUUAAUGAUGAUGCCAAAUACAUUAUUCUAGAUGACUUGGAAUAUCAGGAUGAAUUUGAGGAGGAAGAUACAUAAUAUUUUGUAAUACGGCGGACAAUUUUAACUUCCACUGGUUUGCUCAUGCCGGAAACCACUCAUGCGUGCUUGAAAUAUUAAGUACUUCUGGAAGUUUCCGCUGAAAAACACACACGAACACAGCUAAGGCUAGACUCGCUUAUGCUGGGCAAGCCAAAGUUUGAAGUGACCUGCUCUGUCCAUCUCGGAAUGAAUGCUCAAUUCUACUAUUGAUUGAACAGUCAGGCUAACUACACUGUAAGCUAAGAGCUAACUCCAUCGAAAUUCCCGUUUUGAGAAGAUUGGCAGCAAUUACGCUUCUAGUGGGAAUUGCGUCUCUAUAUAGGUCAAUUUGUAAGAGCGAUCACAGAUACAGAUGUGCUGUUUUCCCUUGAAAGCUAGGGAGCGGCGUUCGAUUAUUUGUAUUUUGUAAAACUCUUAAGCGAAAGAACCAUUUUUUUUACCCCCAUUGUAUCAUGGCCUUUCCUGUGUCUGCUGUAAUAUUACUAUAGCUGGAAAUGAGAUAUCCAACAUUUGAUGCUUUCUUGUAGGGAAAA